UUUUCUUUUUGUUUAAAUAUAUAACAACAUCAACAUUUGAUUUACAACAUACACAACAUUUUUUUUUUUAUUAUUAAUUUUUUCAAACACAUCCUGCAAGGCAUAAAAAGCACAAUCGUCGAUGCAGAACAUGUUGAAGCUACGUAACACCUGGUCGGCGGUGGGCUACAAUGCCGGUCCAAUCGCGAUGCGCUGUUUAUCAACAACGGCCAGCUGCAAAGACUCUGAAUCAUGGUUCUCCAAGCUGCUGGUGCGCAAGAUCGAGCCAACGAAGGAGUCGCACAGUCGCAUGCUCAGUGAUAAGGAAAUCAUAUACGCGCUGCAUACGCAUAAUGUGCGCCCCGAUUCCAUGGGCGACUAUCUAAAUAAUUAUAAAAACACUGUGGGCCUAAUUAAUGAGAAGAAGACGAGCCUGUCAUGUAAAUUGGUUGCCUCAUGGACUGUCCAGGUGGGCGAUAUGGAUCAGUGCCUCCAUUUGUGGAAAUAUACCGGCGGCUUCGAGAAAAUCGACCAGGCCAAAGAGGAUCUGUGGCACGAUGAGGAGUAUCUGAAGCUAAUGAACGAGCGCUCGAAAUUCUUACGAUCCCGUCACCUGCAAUACCUGUUGGCCUUUAGCUACUGGCCACAGAUCACCAGCCGAACGGGCAAAAAUAUCUACGAGAUGCGAUCAUAUCGGCUGACUCCUGGCACCAUGAUCGAGUGGGGCAACAACUGGGCGCGCGCCAUCAACUUCCGCAAGCACAACAAUGAGGCCUUUGCCGGCUUCUUCUCGCAAAUCGGUCGACUCUACAAUGUGCAUCACAUUUGGUGUUACAAAUCGCUGCAGGAUCGCAAGGAGACCAGAGAGGCCGCCUGGCGAUCACCCGGCUGGGACGAGUGUGUGGCCUAUACCGUGCCCCUCAUUCGCGAGAUGCACUGCCGCGUCCUGGCGCCCACCGAAUUUUCACCCACACAGUAGUGCGGGUCAAUCCGAGUACGAAUAAUUUCCACUGCAGAGACUAAUCUCUGUGUCAGCAGCGAUAUUCCAUUACGAAUUGCUGUGAAGAAGAAGACGAAAAACUGUUGUGACCCCAAACGCCAAGCCCCAGCCAAGCCAAGCCUGCGCGACCUAUAUUUCUGUUGAAAAAUUGUAUAUAAUGCCAGCAUUCGAAUGCUUUCAAUUCUUUCCUAGCUCUUAAGAUCAAAGUGCAUUUUUGUUGUCUACCACUUGCAUAUGACUCCUAUUGAAAACUAUAGAUAUAUGUAUAUGUAUAUAUCGAUCGGAUCGGAGCACA